AUGGGUAAGGAAUCAAGAGCGAUUGUGGUACCGAAGAGCAGCGGUUAUGAGACAAUUGAAACGAACUGUCCUAUAAUUGAACCACCGGCUGCCUUAAGUGCAGUCAAACACAGCACUCUUCGUGAGAUAUUGAUCAGUUCAAUAGUAAUGCUGUGUGUCGCGUUUUCGUGGGCAUUCAGUACUCAAUUCAGUAAAUCGGCCUUAAAUCUUAACAAAUCACAUUUCUAUGCACCACUCGUUAUGGUUUGGUUCAGCACUAACUUCAUGUCAACUUGUUAUCCUGUUUACAUGGUUUACGUUGUGAUCAGUAAGGGUCUGAAAUCAGACGCGAUUCAAGCAGCGCAUGACGAAGCAAGCAAAGUAUAUGGCCGUCAAGGACUUACAUUCACGUCUUACGUUCUAAGAACAUCGCUGUUUUUAUUCUUCUGGACCGGUGCAAAUUAUUCGUAUUCACAGUCGCUGGGUAACAUCUCAGCGAGUGCGACAGCAACAAUUAUGAGCAGUAAUGCGGCAAUGGUUUGCGUAUUGGGUUGGAUUAUCCUUCGCGAUAAAUUUGUUCCAUUUCGGGGCACAGCUCUAAAUUUACAGUUGAUAUCCAUUGCGGCCGCAGUCGCAGGAGUUAUGACGAUAUCGAUGGAUAAAGAGUUCGUUGCGAACGCCACUGGCAUAUGUCUGGCCAUAUUAUCUGCGAUUAUGGCCGCUUUUUACAAGGUAUUUUUUAAACGAGUGAUUGGUGAUGCAACACUCGGUCAAGUAUCGAUGUUUAUGUCGGGUCUUGGCCUGAUGAACAUGUUCGUUAAUAUCAUACCGGUUCUUGCUCUUACACUUACUGCUACUGAAACUCUUCAGUGGAAUAUGGUGCCAUGGUUGCCGAUUAUUGGAGCAGCACUGCUCAACCUUAUGUUCAAUUUCUUGACGAAUUUUGGCAUUGCUUUGUUGCAUCCGUUGGUAAUCUCAAUUGGUAUGCUUUUCGGUAUACCCAUCAGUGCAGCAAUCGACGUCCUGUUCCGUGGUAUGCGGGUAACGCAAUUCUUCUUGAUUGGCUCCUGCUUGAUACUACUGUCAUGCGUAGUUAUCGCAAUACCACCAUAUCUGUUCAAUGCGUGCAUGAACAAGCUUCAUUGCAAGAAGAGAACCAAUAAAACGUCGCCCGAAGAUGAUAUCAGAACCUCUCCAAAGCAAGAACCUAUUAAAAAACCUCCUUCAACGGAGAUUAUCGAAGUGUCGUCUGAAGAAGGGAAUAUUCAACGUUACUGA